AUGUUAUCUUCACUACAUUGUAGUUACGAUCUGACGCAGAAAGCGUUGCUCUCCUUAAACUUUUUCUACGUGGCGAUUGGUGGAUUGCUUAUAUUUACCAGUGCCUAUGCUAAAUCUGCUUCGAUAGUGACUUCAGUUUCAGUUCUAGGUGGCAUCAUUGCUGCGGGUGUGUUUCUGAUUGCAGUGGCUCUACUUGGAAUCUAUGGAACAAAGAAGCAACAUCAAGCAGCUUUGUUCUUCUAUAUGAUCAUACUAUCGUGUGUCUUCACAGUUCAGUUUAUUGUUGCAAUUGUUUGUCUUGGAAACGUCUCCGAAAGUAGUCUACAAGAGGUUGUAAUGAGUGGAUGGAAGAAGUCUGAUGAAGCAGUGAAGUGGGAUGCCCAGAAAGCCUUCAAUUGUUGUGGUUUGAUAAAGGAGGACCAAAAAAGUUAUGUAUGCAGCAAGCUUCAAUGCCACAACUAUUGUGAGCCGUGCCUUCCCAUAAUUGUCGAUGUAACUAGCAACAAUCUCUCCCGAGUUGGUUUGCUAGGGCUUUUCUUCAGUUUCACAGAAUUGGUCGGGGUAUGGCUGGCUUAUCGUUUCCGCAACACAAGAGAUCCCAGUGUCGAUCCUGACACACUAUUCCUGUGA